UGAGGUAUCACUCUGCGUCUGUUUUCCGGGCUCGUCCCUCCGUGAGCAGUAUUGAGAAAGCUCUCCUUUAACGAUUUUAAUUAACAGCUGGUGUGAGAGUAAAUAUAAAUCACAUAACAUGACACGUGUUUGUUGGUAUUUGUUUUAUUUAUAUUAGGGAAUCGCCAGCUGUUCCUCGCUUCCUUCUCUCCGGCUCCAGAGUGACAGCUCCUCCCAGGAAUACACGAUCUUCGGUAAAAGUCCUCGUACAAGGUGGGGCAGCGCGUCUCCUGGUCAACUUGUAAAAGUUUAACUUUCUGGCGGUUUAUGGCGGUUUUCUACACGAACAGCGGGAAAACACGCGAGCAGGUCUGUCUUUAGAGCGCUGACGGUUCGUAGUGGGGCGGAGCUGGACUGUGCCAGACCGGGGUCAUGGCCUCCGGUAAGAACAAGAACCAGACUUCUCUGGCCCUCCACAAGGUGAUCAUGGUGGGCAGCGGGGGGGUGGGCAAGUCCGCCCUCACCCUGCAGUUCAUGUACGACGAGUUCGUGGAGGACUACGAGCCCACCAAGGCCGACAGCUACCGGAAGAAGGUGGUCCUGGACGGCGAGGACGUGCAGAUCGACAUCCUGGACACGGCGGGCCAGGAGGACUACGCCGCCAUCAGGGACAACUACUUCCGGAGUGGCGAGGGCUUCCUGCUGCUGUUCUCCAUCACGGAGCACGAGUCCUUCACGGCCACGGCCGAGUUCAGGGAGCAGAUCCUGCGGGUCAAGGAGGAGGACUCCAUCCCGGUGCUGCUGGUGGGGAACAAGUCCGACCUGGAGGACCGGCGCCAGGUCUCGGCCGAGGAGGGGGCCGCCAAGGCCAGCGAGUGGGGGGGGGUCCAGUACGUGGAGACCUCGGCCAAGACCAGAGCCAACGUGGACAAGGUGUUCUUCGACCUCAUGAGGGAGGUCCGGAAGAAGAAGAUGGCGGAGAGCAAAGACAAGAACGGGCCGAGUGGGAAGAAGAAGAAGAAGCGCUGCUGCAUCCUCUAGCCAGAGACUCUAAGGGGGGGGGGGGGCACCUGGACACCUGACACUCAUUCCUCACCUGCUGCACCUUUUGUUUUUACACAUGUAUCGUUCUCCAAAUGUAUAAAUCCACGUUUAAUAAGAACCUCGUCAAGGAAUCUCGUUAUUGGUCCUCGGUUGGAAGAAGACUCCUCUUUGUGGCCACCAGGGGCACCUGGGCCACCUAGUCCACCUGGUUAUAAAAUACAUCCUAGAACUGGUUAUUUAUAUAUAUAUAUGAACGAACCUGAGUAAAGACGCUGUCCCUGAGGUUUAAUAAAUGUGUUUCGUAGCAUUGAAGUGUCGUUAUGCCACACGAGCUGUAAUGCGCCUUGUGUCCACUAGAGGGCACUGCAGUCUGAAGGAAAGUCCCUGAACGCUUCAUUCUAUCUUUGUUGAUUUCUCAUCUUGUUUCUUUAUUCUUUGCUUCGUUUAUUUUUCUUUCUGGUUAAAUAAAAAACUAAACUAUUAAGCAUAAAGUUUCACACGGAGGAAAGUUUUCAUAAUAAGAGUCUAUAGAUACGUGUGGAGCAUCGGGCAGAAAAUGGUAACAGUGUUUGUGAAAUGAAUCAUUUCAAAAGCCGUUCAUUUAUAUUUUGGUUUCGUGUCAGAUUAAAAGAAUGUGUAAAUAGAGUUUCAACUAAUCUGUGAUAGUAAUCUGUUGUAACAGUUGUUGUUGACCAGCUGACUGCAGCACAGCUCCGCCCUGUAUGGAAUCUUUCACAGAGGAACUUCAUCAUUACACAAUGUGUGUAUUGUUUGCAAAAAUUAGCAUUUUUCUCAUUUCUGGACUAUUUGACCUCCAGAUCCAGAAGAGACAGAGAGCUGCUCACAACAACAACAGCAGCUGAUGAUGCGGGCCUGAGACAGAGCCCUCUUCAUGAGGCUCUGGACGAGGUAUUUACAUGUACAGGUACACAGCAGUACUACAAGAGACAUGUACAAGUACACAGCAGUACUGCAAGAGACAUGUACAAGUACACAGCAGUACUACAAGAGACAUGUACAAGUACACAGCAGUACUACAAGAGACAAGUACACAGCAGUACUACAAGAGACAUGUACAAGUACACAGCAGUACUACAAGAGACAUGUACAAGUACACAGCAGUACUACAAGAGACAUGUACAAGUACACAGCAGUACUUCAAGAGACAUGUUCAGUGUUUCAUCACUUAGUUUGAGAUUAUAGAAGACCCACAUACACACACACAGACACACACACGUUCAUUUGGCCAAUAAACUGAGACGUAUUGAUUUACUGGUGGUUUUGUUGUGUUGGUCUCAUGCAGCUUUAUUUUGAAAGGGUUCUACAUUAACUUUGUUUUUUUAAAACCUUGAAGACAGAAUUAAAUAAUAAUAUGUCCAUGUU